GUAUCUGUCAUGACACACAAUCAUGGUGUCUUUUUAUUGAAGGCAUGGUCUCAUAUGGUUCCUUUUAAGCCGGUGUAACAUUGAUACAUCAUCAGGUUACUCAUUAAUCUGAAGCACACUCACAUUUUUAAAUAACAAACACCAAAGCUGGAUCUUAAAGGACAUUAAAGGACAGCCCACUUUAGAGUGAGACUGAGGACCAGAGGAGCAGUGGAUAUCGCUGAGGCUAAACAUUGAAACGUUUGUGUACGUUUAGGUGAGUUGCGUCCUGGACUGGAAGCCAGCAUAGGAUGGGCAAAACAAAUGACUCUGAGGUGGAGGAGAGACCCAAAUGGGACAACAAGACUGAGUACAUGCUAACGUGUAUCGGCUUUGCAGUGGGAGUUGGAAACGUCUGGCGUUUUCCUUACCUGUGCCAAAUCUAUGGAGGAGGUGCAUUCCUCAUCCCCUACCUGAUCGCGCUGGUGUUUGAGGGCCUCCCUCUGCUCUACCUGGAGAUGGCUAUUGGACAGAGGCUCCGUAUGGGCAGCAUCGGCGUCUGGAACUCCAUCUCACCACUCCUUGGUGGAGUCGGAAUCGCCUCCAUGAUAGUGUCCUUCCUGGUGAGCAUUUUCUACAACACGCUCCUGGCCUGGGUGAUGUGGUACUUCUUUCACUCGUUCCAAAACCCCCUGCCCUGGAGCCAGUGCCCGCUCAAUGAUAACCUCACAGGCUACAAUGAGGAGUGUGUGAAGAGCACUCCAGCAAACUACUUCUGGUACCGUGAGACCCUGAACAUCACACCUGACAUCGACAACAGUGGCUCCCUGCAUUGGUGGCUGGUCAUCUGUCUGGCCAGCGCUUGGUGCGUGGUCUACAUCUGCUUCAUCAGAGGCAUCCAGUCCAUUGGAAAGGCUGUGUACGUGACAACAACAUUCCCUUACCUGGUGCUGACUAUCUUCCUGAUCCGGGCCCUCACUCUGCCUGGAGCUACUGAUGGACUGGUGUACCUCUUCACUCCUGAUUGGGAGAUCCUGAAGAACCCUCAGGUGUGGCUGGACGCUGCCACGCAGAUCUUCUUCUCUCUAUCGGUAGCCUUUGGAGGUCUGAUAGCUUUCUCCAGCUAUAAUGAAGAGAGGAACAACUGCGAAAGGGAUGCUGUUCUAGUCGGAGUAAUAAACAGCGCCACCUCUCUCUAUGCCUCCAUUUCCAUCUUCUCCAUCCUGGGGUUUAAAGCGAACUCCGCCUACAACUCCUGUAACGAGGAAAACAUCUUGAUUCUGACCAACCACUUUGAGUUUUCUGACCAGAACAUAACAGUGGAGAACUAUGAUCACUGGUUUAAGUAUCUAAAUCGUUCAUAUCCAGGUGAGGUGGCCGGUUUGGACCUGAAGCACUGUGACUUGCAAACAUUUCUCGACCAGAGCGCAUCGGGUACCGGCCUGGCUUUUAUUGUGUUGAGCGAAGCAGUGGUUGCGAUGCCAGGCUCACAGAUAUGGGCCAUACUGUUCUUCACCAUGCUCUUCAGCUUGGGUCUGUCUUCCAUGUUUGGCAACUUAGAGGGAGCCCUCACGCCUGUCAACGACCUCAACCUAUUUCCCAAGUGGAUCCCUAAUGAACUCGUAACAGCAAUCAUCUGUUUGAUAUCCUUCUCGACGGCUCUCAUCUUCACCCUGGGUUCGGGGAACUACUGGUUUGAGAUCUUUAACGGCUACGUGGGCUCCGUACCACUCCUCAUCGUUGCACUCUUUGAGAUUAUUGGAAUCAUUUAUGUCUAUGGAAUGAAAAAGUUCAGUGAAGACAUCUAUUUCAUGACUGGGAGGAAGCCCAACAUCUUCUGGAAGGCCUGCUGGAUGGUGAUCAGUCCGUUGAUGCUCCUGGUGGUGUUGGUUGCAUACGUUGUCGUUCAGGCACAGAAACGACCCUCUUAUCCCACUUGGAACCCGGACUACGAACUAUUCCCAAAAUUCGAGGUAAAGCAAUAUCCAGACUGGGUGUUUGCCAUCAUCAUCCUCCUCAGUCUGCUACCUGUGAUUUCCAUCCCACUGGUGGCUCUCUACAAACUGAUCUCCUGCAGAAUGAAAAAGUCCUCCGCUCGUGCUCUACAUAGUCCCUACUGCAACGACGGUUUUCAGGUUGAACAGGAGGAACGGAAGAACCGGAGGGCUUAAAAAAAAAGGGCAUAAUCCUGUUCAUUGUCACUGCUACUGUGGAAUUUGCAUCCUAAUUCACCAGAAAGCUGACAAAAUCAGUCAUGCUGAAGUGUAUUAUAGAUGUUUCUAUGAUUUUUGAGGUUUACAUUUACCCUGACGAAUCACAUUUGCUUCCUUGAUAAUAUAACUGGAUUUAUUUAACAGUGAAAGUUGUUCCUUUGUACAUUGUUGUGCAGUGAACAUGAUGUAAAUAAACAAUUUACCACAUCAUAUUGAAUCAUAUAGCCAUGUCAAAAAGUCAUUGCAUGAGAUAUAGAUAACCGUGAGUGCUGACAAUAUUUCUGUGUACUGAUUGACAUAGGUGAUGUCAUGUCUGCCUUGUGGAAAACUACCACAAAGUGUAAAUCAAAGUCCACAGAGGAAAGCAGCAGCGGUAUGAGACGGGGUCUAGUAAAGUGGCUGGAUGAUUUUCAACUAUCCAUCUUUAUAUCUGCUGUUUUAUAGGGUGUGUUUAGGACUGAGGUUUAUCACUUUACCUCUCUAAAGCCUUUUCCCUCACAUUGUGAAAUGGAUAAAUUACAUUUUUAUUUUGUUCUGUCACUUUUGUUGACACAUUUAUAAAGAAAGGUAGACACAACUCCAGACAUAAGUAUGUAGUCCAGCUUCUCUAAAAGGUUUGUCUAUACCUUUGAGCUGCUGUGGCUUUCAUGGUUGUGUUGGGAGCUGUAUUUUGGGCGUCUACAUCUGGAUGGCGAAGAAUUCGUCAGGGGUCCUGGGGUUAGUGGCCUGUCGGACCCUGGCCAGCCUCAGAUCCCCCAGACGCUGCUCAAGACUGCGCUUCCCUGUCAAGACAGCAGAGGACACUUUUUUAUUUUUCCCUCGUUAAUGGUGAGAUGUAAUAUUCAAGCAUCAAUUAACAAUGUCUGUACAUUUGGAUUAAAAAGGGAAUGGCCUUACG